UCCGAUCGUUUUUUAUUCGUUUGACGAGGAUACGAAUCGGAUACGGCAUCGUUUAACUCAUUUUACAUGUUUACCCCUGAGUUUACUAACCUAGAACCUUCUUCAUCUUCGCGACCACGGUCAUCUGGUCAGGCUCAGCUUUUCCCCUUUUCGUCUUCUUGAACCACCUCCGUACGCUCGUUGAUCUCCUCCGCUAGAUCCGCUUGUGACCACCUUCUUCUCCAAAAUCAAACUUACUGAAUCGCCGACGGUUCCGUCUCUUACUCCAGCUUCUCCGUGUUAAUCGCCGGCACCGCCGUCGAAUUCAAUCACCGUCUGAGCGGCGACGGUCUUCAGAUCGCGAAGCUCUUGGCUCUUUGACUUCGUUUUGAUUGGACCAUGGAAUCACCGGAUAUUCGCGGCGGCGACGGUUCCGAUUUCGCGACGCUCGAGACGGCGGAGAAGAUAAUACUCCGGUGGGACUCGACGACCUCCGAGGAAGCGAAAGAGAAUCUCAUCUUCCAAAGCGAUCGCGAGGAAGUGGAUCGCUACUUGCAAGCAGUCGACGAAGUCCAGCGCCUCGUCUCCUCCGUCUCCAUCUCCGAUAGCCGCCACGAAGUCAAAGCUAGGUCAACGAUACAAAUCGCCAUGGCCAGGCUCGAGGACGAGCUCAGAAACAUCCUCCUCUCGCAGACCUCCACUUUCGAGCCCGACUCUCUCCUCCUCGAUUCCUCAGCUUCCUCUUUCGCCACACGCGCCGAUCUCGAAGACACCGAAACGGCCCCUCCUGACGACGGCGAGGGAGAGGAGCAGGAAGAAAUGAAUCUGGUUCUACCGGACGGUUCGGAAUCAAAUUCCGGUUCAGACCCCGGUUCGAGCCGGUUAUCGAGCCGAAGAAGCAGUUGCAAAUCCACAAGCAGUAUACGAGAGAUCGAUCUCGUCUCCUCGGAAGCCGUUUCCGAUCUGAGAUCGAUCGUUCGGCGCAUGAUCGGCGCGGGAUACUCUCGCGAGUGCCUCCAGGUGUACGGCAACGUUCGCAAAUCCGCCAUGGAAACGAUCUUCAAGCAGCUGGGGAUCGUGAAGCUAGGGAUCGGCGACGUCCAGCGCCUUGACUGGGACGUCGUCGAAGUGAAGAUCAGGAGAUGGAUACGCGCGGCGAAGGCUUGCGUUAGGGUUGUCUUCGCGAGCGAGAAGCGUCUCUGCGAGCAGAUAUUCGACGGCGGGGAGGUGGAGGAGACUUGCUUCAUGGAGAUAGUGAAAUCCUCUGCUCUGCAGCUUUUAACUUUCCCUGAAGCUAUCAGCAUUAGCAGAAGAUCGCCCGAGAAGCUUUUCAAGAUUCUUGAUUUACACGAUGCGUUGGCUGAUUUGUUGCCGGAUAUGGAAGAGAUCUUUAACUCGGAGUCGUCCGAGACGAUUCUUGUUCAGGCAACUGAGAUUCAAUCUAGAUUAGCGGAAGCGGCGAGAGGGACUCUUGUGGAGUUUGAGAACGCGAUUUUUCGCGAGCCUUCGGUUGUUCCCGUCCCUGGGGGGACUAUACAUCCGUUGACGAGGUAUGUGAUGAACUAUCUGAACUUGAUUGCAGACUAUAAGCAGACUCUUGUCGAGCUCGUUAUGUCGAAGCCCUGCGCGGGUUUGAAGUGUACAAAUGAUCCGGUAAAGCCAGAUAUGGAUAUAAGUCAGCUUGAAGGAUGUUCACCAUUAGCUUUGCAUUGUAUAUGGACCAUGGUGAUGUUACAAUUCAAUCUAGAAGGGAAGUCUUUGCACUACAGAGACGAGGCUUUGUCGCAUAUCUUCAUCAUGAACAAUGUGCAUUACAUAGUUCAGAAGGUGAAAAGCUCGCCGGAGUUGAGAGAGAUUAUAGGAGACUUUUAUUUGAGAAGGCUUACGGGGAUAUUCAGACACGCGGCAACUAAGUAUCAGAGAGCCACGUGGGUCAGAGUGUUGAAUAGCUUGAGAGAUGAAGGGUUGCAUGUGAGCGGGAGCUUUUCGUCAGGUGUGUCGAAAAGUGCUUUGAGAGAGAGGUUUAAAGCUUUUAAUACAAUGUUUGAAGAGGUUCAUAGGGUUCAGUCGACGUGGUCUGUUCCAGAUGCUCAGCUUAGAGAAGAGUUAAGGAUAUCUUUGUCGGAGCAUUUGAUUCCGGCUUAUAGAUCGUUUCUUGGAAGAUUCAGGGGGCAUAUAGAGAGCGGAAGACAUCCAGAGAACUACUUGAAAUACUCUGUUGAGAAUCUUGAAACCGCAGUGUUGGAUUUCUUUGAAGGAUAUACCACGGCUCCACAUUUGAGACGGUCUCAGUGAAGUGAAGACGGUAUCACAUUCUUUCCGCUUUCAUGUAACGUUGUUCAGACAAAUCUCUUGUACUUUGUAAUCAUAUUUGUUGAGUGUGUUGUUUGCUUGUUACCAAAAUUUCAAUACUCCAUUUGUUGAUAAAUGUUUGCUUUUGUUGUAUAUUUGUGACACGUGUGUGUGCUUACAGUUCUUCAGAAACACAUCUAAAUGCAUUUUUUUAUUAUGGCCA